CAAACACCACUCGCUCUGCUCCGGCCAGUCAGCCUGCUUUAGCCAUGGCGUCCAUAGUGUUAAAGUCGCUAUCGGUGUUACUGGGGAUUUUCUUUAUAUUUGUAGGCACGACGAAAUUAACCCCAAAAAUUAGUAAAGAACUGCAUAAGGAUCUGAGAAAAGAAUUCGCACGUUACAGUAAAGUGUUUCCGCUAUCUCAGACGCUAGAAUUUAAAAUUCCCUCGAAAUGGUACCGACGGACCGUUGGAGGAUUAGAGGUCCUAUGUGGGUUCUGCCUUACUUUCAUCCCAUCUAAAAGAAUAAAGCAAGCGGCAAAUCUGGUGCUAGUGAUUAUGAUGUUGUUUGCCACCUACAACCACUGGAUGGUUGGAGACAAGUUCGAAAGAUUAGCGCCCUCUUUGGUUUUCUUCUUCAUGUUGACCUGUAGAAUGAUCGUCGAGUACCAGAUUCGAAGGAAAGAGAAACAGGACAAAGUUAAAGCCUCUGCAACUGCGGAUUCCGCCGUUAAAGAAACUACCGAUUCCGCAGCGACGGCAACUCCGGUUCCGCACACCAAGUCCAAGAAGUCGGACUGAGUCAGCAAAUGGGAUUUUAAAUUGUUAAAACGGUGGUAUUAUUAUUAUUAUUAUUAUUAUUAUUAUUAUUAUUAUUAUUAUUAUUAUUAUUAUUAUUAUUAUUAUUAUUAUGAGACAUGCAAACAUUUCCUCCUUCACAUUACCAAGCUGACAAAAACUUUGCCCAAUGAGUCACGAAACACACUUGUUUUUAAGGGUUAAAGUUGCCACUUUUCGUGGUCAGUUUGGAGAGAAUUUUGGUUUAUCUUACUAGUACUUAUAUACUCAUAAAAGACAGCCUAACGUUAUGCUAUGGCCACCUAAAUCAGGUUCUUUUAAGUUGCUAAAGUCACCCCGGAAUUGACAAACUGGUUAACCAUUUUUCUUGCCCAGAUUACUGUUUUCCUAUUAUUCCACAAUACAAAAUGUGCUCAAGAGGUAGGAAUUAGAAUAUUAGACAUAUACUUUUACAAAUUUCGACGAAAUUUCCUCUGCAGAAACUGUAAAUGUAAAUGAAAACCUAGCAUAAGACCUUAGGAAAUGAGUUAGUAUGGUAGGCCUAUGUACAUACAGCCUGCCUUCAGUGACAAGAAAUACCCUAUGAUCCAGAGGUGAGGAUCUCUUUUCACAAAACAAUUUUAAGUAUCCAGUGACCAUUUUCUUUAGAUAAUACCUCGUAUAAUUUAUAUUUCCUAUCGUUUCCUUAUUAGGAAUAUGCAAAUCAACACCCACCCCCUAUGAUAUGCACCACAUUUUAUUGCCAAAGUAGUUUCUUCCGAGAGUUAGAGUUUUUAUUCUGAUUCGUGUCCCCAAGUAAAGAAAAGGUUGCCUUUGAACCCUGUUUAGAACGUGAAAACACCAAAAUUGCUCCCAAAAAGUUCUUAUCUACUGUUAGGGUUCCAGAUUAUUUCUGUUUGAGUUUUCAAAGAGGAAACAACAACAGAAUUAGGGGUUAUAGGCCUAUGUCAGAUUUCAAAAAAUGAAUGUGCAAACUUGAGAUACAAGCCAUUUGAAAUCUGAGACUUUCUACCCGAAGUAUAAAGCUCGGUGAGCAUUCAUGCUUAAUGAACAAAUUUUUAAUGUAUCAUUAGUUCUAUUCAUUAUUAUAUUUUUUUCUUUAUAAAAGCAUGAUCACAGUAAGCCACUGUGGGUCUAAAGGUUUUCCCAAUUCAUAGUACUACUUCUCAUUCAGUAUUGCCAACAAUUCUUUCAGCAACGCCAACAACAGACUGGAACAAUUUCGGUGAUUCAACGUUCUCUAAAAAAAAAAAACUAAA